GGAAGGAAGGAAGGAAGGAAGGAAGGAAGGAAGGAAGGAUGGAAGGAAGGGAGAGAGGAAGGAAGGAAGGGAGAGAGGAAGGAAACUAAACGACGCAACCGACCUUUCUCCCAUAAAGACCCUUAUAAACUAGUGGUUAGUCUCUCUCUCUCUCUCUCUCUCUCUCUCUCUCUCUCUCUCUCUCUCUCUCUCUCUAACGAAACUUAAUCAAAACAAAAUAAAAAAAAAACAAUAAUUAGUGGAACUCGAGAUAUUUCAACAUAAAAUUACAAACAUACAUACACACCUCCUUCCCCUCCCCCCUCACACAUCCGGUUUACAUACACAAGGUCGCCAAAAAUUCAUGUACCAUUAACAAAACAUAGUGGAGUGAGAUCCACUUCCUCAACCUGAAAGACACUAGGUAACGGUGUGUGUAUAUUUUCUUUUUUUUUUUAUAUGUGUGCGUGCCUGCGCGUCUGUCAGCAUGGCGGGAGUGGAGGUGUGGUCGGGCGACGGCGGUUGGGGGUUGGAGGUGAGGGCGGCGUGCCUCCAGGACACAGACUUCACUACCAGGUGUGAGGCAGGAGAGAGACACCUGCAAAGGGAAGGGUGGACCGUGCCGCUUGUCACACCUUCCAACGCCAGCAUUUCUAGUGGCGGCCCCCGCAGCGGCAUCGCCCUUACAGCAGUCAACCCUCGCACAGGCCGUGUCAUCUUUAACAAGGUAACCUUUCUCUCUCUAGCCUUCGAGAGGCACACACCUAGUAGUAAAUCAAUACAUCACAGACUGACUCAUAUAGGGUGUGCAUCCCUCCCCCAGGUGUUCCCGCUAGGACAGUACUGGGCGCACUGGGCGGACCUGGAGUGGCACCUGCAGCACGUGGCCCCGGGCCGCGUCGUCGUGCUGGCCAUCGCUGUUUCAGGUGCCGUGGGCCUCCGCCACGCUGCCGUUCGCCUCGCCGCCCUCGGCUCUCUCUUCGCCUUCCACCUGCCGCCCACAGCCCAUUGGACCUGGGUCUUCAUCAAGGGCGGCCGCACCCUCUCAGAGACAGUAACUCUCCACUCCCGCGGCACCCACCACGCCCACCUCCUGCUGCCACUGUCCUCACUCCCCUACCCACCCUUCUCGGAGCCUCGAUGGCACUACUGUGCCACCCACGGUGUCAUGGGCGGCCUGUGUGAUGAGCACGACCCAGACCCUUUGCCACCGCCCAAACCCGCCCCAGUGGCACGCCAGGCAGCCCUCGCCCACGUGCCCAUCAUCGUCACCGCCGGCGCCAGACACCAGUACCUCUACUACACCCUCACCACCCUCCUGGCGGCGCCCGGCGCCCUCCACCACAACGUCCUGGUGGUCCUGGGCGACGCUCCACCCUCCACCACGAGCCUCCUCCACCUCCUCGGCCUCAACUUCACCACCGUCGCCGUCAGCGGACGCGACAACGAGAAGCUCUUCCGCUACUACCGCGCCGUCUUCCGCCUGCUGGAGCGAUCCUUCCCAGACGCGCCGGCCGCCAUCUUACUUGACGAGGAUGUCGAGGUCUCCCCAGACUUCUUCUCCUUCUUCAGUCAGACGCUGUGGCUGCUGCACGCCGAUCCCUCCCUUUACUGCAUCAACGCGUAUUCCGCCACGGGGUUCAGCGGCAUCGCCCACGAUGCACGCACACUUCAGCGCGGCAGCGUACAGGUGGAGUGGGGCUACGCCGUCUCGCUGGAUUUCGUGCGGGAUGUUAACACUAAAUGGCCGAAUGAGCUGCCAGAAAAUGACACGUUGUUCUACGACGAGUGGAUUUUCCGGCACGGUGGCCGCGGGCGAGAGUGUGUCUUCCCAGAGAUGAGUCGCACCAAGCACUUCGGUGUGGGUGUGAACACGGAUGCCUGGAGCACCGAGAUAUACUUCCUUAACAAGCCGGUGAUGAGGCGACCUCACGUGGCCCUGCAAAACGUGGCGGGAAUGGUGUCGGGCCCGUGGCAGCGACGCUUCUCUGCCAGUCUGGCGAGUGCCACACCCCUCACAGGCAAUCCGUGCGGAGAGAACUUCGUGCCACGAAUCAACAUCUCCACAAACUUUGUAUUCUUCUACAAGCAGGUCAGGAAGCCAGACGGACAACCGGACUGGAGUAACUUCUAUUUCGCCGCCAAGUGCCUCAACGCGUGGGGCGUGUCCGCGCAGGGGCUGCACCAGCAUGUGCUCACGGUGCGGCCCUCCCUCCACACCACCCUGUUCCUGGUGGGCACCCCCUUCUCCCCUCACGGCCACCUGUGCCCGCCACACGUCACUCCCUGGCAGUACGCCACCCUCACAUCCUCCGAGGACCAAAUCCUCAUCGACAGGAUCAGACACCUCGAGAUUGGCGAAUUCCACGUGGCCAACCUGAACGUGACCACUGACUACCUGGCACACCUGCUGAUACAACCUCGUUUACAGCGUCAGGCCUCGGAUGGGAGAAGACGUGCCUUUACCUAACCAUAAUGCAGUGCAACCUGUGCAGAGAUAGCCGGAGCUGCCUCCUUCAGUCCAUCCCACCACAGCUUCCUUUGAGGCUUGGCGUCAAACACAACGCUGUGCUGUGGGACCCGAAUACACGCCAUCAUCUCAACAUAAACAAAACACUUCCACAAGUACAUUCAUCCCAUUUUCACGAAAAAUAUACAAAUAAAAUAAUAUAAAAUAUUGAACUAUUCAAGCAUCCAAAAAAGUGAAGGUGAAGGAGGAAGGGUUGGGGCGGCGCGGGUUGUUCGGAAACUAGGUGUGGCACGGCAGCGCACAGGUGACUCAUAUCUUAUCGCCACAGGUAUCUACUACACAUUGCGAGCGGAAGAAGACUGGUGAGAGUUACAGCAUGGUGAAAGGAUUGACACUGAAACAAGAAAAAAUAAGUAAACAAAAAAAAUAAAUAAAAACUACUGAUUGAAGGGAACAUGAAACACUUAUAUUAGACCAAAAGUAAAGGAAACAAAGGUGAAGAGAAUGACGGCAGAGUUUACAAAGAAAGGUAAUUAAUGGAGGCAAUGAGGAGGGCAGUGAAGAGGGACGGGAGGAAGGGAGGGCACACCACACCACACCGCCACACCACCUCACAGUCACGAACGCAUUCACAGGUUGACCGGCGAGGCAUGAAGGACCGCGCGGUUCUCCACCACAGCCCACCACUGCUGCACUAACCCCACCCCCUCGAAACACUACUUGUAAUACACCCCCUUCAACUCAACCCUCUGACACCUCCACCACUAAUCCUUGCCAUCUACAAACAAGACACCCACUAAAUCUCUCCCUCCCUCUGAUCCAGUAACCACUCAUCCACGUUCUUUUUCAUUCUCUCUCUCUCUCUCUCUCUCUCUCUCUCUCUCUCUCUCUCU